AUGAAAUCCGAUUUUAAGUUUUCGAAUCUUUUAGGUACCGUUUACAGGCAAGGAAAUAUUGUCUUUUCCAAUGAUGGAAAACAGUUACUUUCACCAGUAGGAAACAGAGUUUCCGUGUUUGAUCUAAUCAAUAACAAGUCUUUUACAUUUGAAUAUGAGCACAGAAAGAACAUUGCUGCCAUAGAUCUCAAUAGACAAGGCACUUUGAUGCUAUCUAUAGAUGACGAUGGUCGUGCAAUUUUAGUUAAUUUCAAGUCUAGAAACGUUAUGCAUCAUUUCAACUUCAAAGAAAAGUGUUAUCAAGUGAAAUUUAGUCCAGAUGGUAAAUUAUUUGCUCUGGCCACUGGUAGAUUCCUACAAAUUUGGAAAACUCCGGAUGUUACUCAAGAUAGACAGUUUGCUCCAUUCGUUCGUUAUAGAGUUCAUGCAGGCCAUUUCCAAGAUAUCACUUCGUUGACGUGGUCUCAGGAUUCUAGGUUCAUAAUCAGUACUUCUAAGGACUUGACAGCCAAAAUAUGGUCUGUAUUUUCAGAGGAAAAAGAUUUGGCAGCGACAACUUUCGCUGGUCACAGAGAUUAUGUUAUGGGAGCAUUCUUCAGUAAAGACCAGGAAAAGAUAUACACAGUAAGUAAAGACGGUGCAGUGUUUAUAUGGGAGUUUACAGCGAAGGAAACCGAAGAAGAGGAAGAAGAUAGUGAUGAAGAGAUCGACAUUUCAAAAUAUAGCUGGAGAAUUUCACAAAAGCAUUUUUUCUAUGCCAAUCAAGCCAAAGUUAAGUGUGUCACAUUUCACCCAGCGUCAAGUUUAUUAGUUGUUGGUUUCACCACUGGUGAAUUCCGUCUUUAUGAAUUACCAAGUUUCACCCUAAUUCAACAAUUGUCAAUGGGUCAAAAUCCUAUCAAUAGCGUCUCCAUAAAUGAAUCAGGUGAAUGGUUGGCCUUUGGUUCAAGCAAACUUGGUCAAUUAUUGGUUUAUGAAUGGCAAUCAGAAUCUUAUAUUCUAAAACAACAGGGACAUUUUGAUUCAACUAAUAGUUUGACAUACUCUCCAGAUGGCUCCCGUGUAGUUACUGCUGCAGAAGAUGGUAAAAUAAAAGUAUGGGAUGUCGUUUCAGGAUUCUGUUUGGCAACUUUUGAAGAACAUACAUCUUCGGUCACUCAAGUUCAAUUUGCUAAGAAGGGUCAGGUCUUGUUUUCCGCCUCUCUAGAUGGUACUGUCAGGGCUUGGGAUUUAAUCAGAUAUCGUAAUUUUAGAGUAUUCACUGCAGCCGAGAGAAUUCAGUUUAAUUCCUUGGCUGUUGAUCCAUCAGGCGAAGUUGUUUGCGCAGGUUCUGUUGACAGUUUUGAUAUUCAUGUUUGGUCCGUUCAAACUGGUCAACUUUUAGACACUUUAGCUGGCCAUGAAGGCCCUAUUUCAUGCCUCGCAUUCAGUCAAGAAAACAGUAUAUUGGCAUCUGCAUCCUGGGAUAAAACAAUCAGAAUUUGGUCUAUCUUUGGCAGGUCACAACAAGUUGAGCCUAUAGAAGUUUAUUCAGAUGUUGUAGCUUUAACUAUUAGACCUGAUGGUAAACAUGUCGCAGUGUCCACUUUAAGGGGUCAAAUAACUAUGUUUGAUAUUGAAAGUGGUCAACAAAUAGGUAAUAUUGAUUGUAGAAAGGAUAUUAUCUCAGGUAGACAUUUAGAAGAUAGAUUUACAUCCAAAACUUCCGAAAGAUCAAAGUUUUUUACUACAAUUCAUUACAGUUUUGAUGGUAUGGCUAUUGUCGCCGGUGGUAACAAUAAUUCUAUCUGUUUAUAUGAUAUUCCAAAUGAAGUUCUCUUGAGAAGGUUCAUGGUUUCUAAAAAUAUGACAUUGAAUGGUACUUUAGAGUUCCUUAACAGUGGUAAAAUGACUGAAGCUGGAUCUCUGGAUCUGAUAGAUACAGAUGGUGAAAAUUCUGAUUUGGAAGAUCGUAUAGAUAAUUCUUUACCUGGUUCAAGACGUGGUGGUGACUUAUCUACAAGAAGAGUAAGAGCAGAAAUUAGGGUUACUUCAGUACAAUUUUCUCCAACUGCAACUGCAUUUGCAGCUGCCUCCACAGAAGGUCUUUUAAUAUAUUCUGUUAAUGAUUCCUUACUUUUCGAUCCGUUCGAUUUGGAUAUGGAUGUGACUCCAGAAGCAACGUUGGAGGCCUUACAAGAAAAAGAAUACCUAAAUGCUUUUGUUAUGGCAUUCAGAUUAAAUGAACAGUAUUUGAUAAAUAGAAUAUACGAGGCUAUACCCGUUUCUGAAAUUGCUUUAGUCAGUAACAAUUUACCUGUUGUUUAUCUGAAUAGGAUUUUACUUUUCAUUGGAGGCCUCGCUAUGGAAUCCCAACAUCUUGAAUUCAAUUUAAUAUGGGUCAAAAGCUUACUCUCCUCACAUGGUAGUUAUAUCAAUGCUCAUAAGCACACAUUCAGCAGUGCCAUAAGAUCGCUCCAAAGAUUCAUAGGUAGAGUAGCCAAAGACAUGGUGACAAUCAACACUGAUAAUAAAUAUGCAUAUCAAUUCCUGACUUCCACUGAUGGAACUGUCGCUCAAGAAAUAGCGGAAAUGGACCAACAAGAAGAUGACGCAUCAGUGAGCGAAGAAGAUAUGGGUUCAGCAUCUGAUGAUGAAGAAGGCUGGGAAGGAUUCAACGAGAAGAGCAACAAGCUGCCUUUAGAAGAAGACAACGAAAGCUCGGAUGAAGAGCUGAUCUAA